CGGAUAAUUCGGCAGUGAGUCUAGCCUAGUUUAAGUGGCACUUGCUGCUGGCAAUUCUGCAGCAACUCUCCAUCUUGCGUUCACUUCUGUCCAGGCUUUAGAAGUACGUUUGGCGCGCUCGAUCAAGCAGUUUGUUCACUGCCUGUUAUCCUCGCCGCUUCGGUCUUCCUGCGCGUUGUGCCACUCCGUACAAAUCGACCGAGCCAUACUCAUAAAUUAUGUCUCUUCCCUGAAUUCGAGUCAGCGCGAUUCAUGGCGACUGCCUAGCCCGCUCCCGACCCCAUAUUUAUUUUCAACCACUUACCUUUCCAAGAGCGGAUAGCACAUACGAUCCGAGCAGCCGACUUCCAGCCGUUCCUGCUUGAAGCGCCAGCUCCUCCGAACCGUAGCUCCUCCGAACCGUAGCUCCUCCGAACCGUAGCUCCUCCGAACCGCAGCUCCUCCGAACCGUAGCUCCUCCGAACCGUAGCUCCUUCGAACCGUAGCUCCUCCGAGCCUCCUCCGAACCACAGCUCCUCCGAGCCGCAGAAAUGGCGGUGAAUCGAACCACGGUACUAGGAGCGCCGCCAGGGAGACCGCGAGCAGGGGGAACAUGGAAGGCGGUCCCGACGACCUUCCACCACCACCAUCACCACCACCGCGACGACUUCCGAGAGCGCAGCAAAGCUGCCGGCGCCAGCCUGUUCACCGGCGCCGCGUUCUCGCAGCGCCGGUUGGCUAGACUGCUAGCCGUCGCCGCCGGGGUAUUCAUGCUGGUCGUCUUCAUCGCGCCUAAAGGCCUGCUAGACAGUCCCUGGAGCCCGGAGUCGGCUGACGACAAGCUCAAGCACGAGGCGGACCGUCAGAUGGACGUCUUGACGGUGGCCGACACAACCGGCAAGCGGCGAUUCGUCAUGGACCGCCUGCGCGCCACCUUCACGCGCAACACGUGGGGCUCCGACCGCCAGCGCAAGGCGGGGCUCCGUGAGGCUUCCGCGGACGGCGCAGGCGGGGGAGGCGCAGCUGGUGGAGGAGUCGGCGGGGGGCCGGAGGAGGUGUCGGGGGAGAAGGUGGAGAGCCGGCAGAAGCCUCUGCCGGUUAACUUGCCGGCCGUCAAGAAGAAGAAGCGGACGGGCCCGUUUAGCCGGCGGUCGGUGCUGGAGAAAUCGUCGGAAGAGGCGCUGGACGCGGGGCAGAUGGCGCUUCGGGAGCUAGCCGCGGAGAUGGAGAGAUUAAAGACGCUAGAGCGCGAGGGGAAGAAGGACCCUAGAGCGGACGGCGCGGAUACUAUUAAGACGUGCCAGAGAGCUAUAGUGCUGACGGAGGGGGAUGAGGAAUUAAGAAGCGGGGAUGUCAAGUUACCUUGUGGAAUGCGCGUUGGGUCCGCGAUCACCAUAGUAGGCUUGGUGCCUUCCGCGCCUGCUAAGUCCGCGGAAGCGGUACACGGGGGGGCGGGCGCGGGGGAGGUGGCGGUGACGGGGGAGAAGACGGGCAGUGAGCGAUCGCCACUGUCGUUUAUGCUGGAAAUACUGGGCCUAGUGGUGGUGCAGGGAGAGGAGGCCACGCGCAUCUACCACCUGCACUCGCACCUGCGGGGCGACAGAAGCAGCAGCAGCAGCAGCAGUAACGGGGAGGGUGUGCGCGUGAUAGAGCAGAACACGUGCUACCGCGGGCAGUGGGGGGAGUCGCUGCGAUGCGAGGGCUAUGCGUCCACGUACCAUGAGGAGAGGGUGGACGGGCAGCGGCGGUGUGAGAAGUGGUCGCGGGACAAGGUGCGCACGGAGGAGGACCAGGAGCGCAUGGACAGCGCGGAUGGCACCCCCCUGGACACAGAGAAGCUGUCCGGGUGGCAGCGGCAGGUGAUGAAGCAGGCGGACAAGGAGCUGACGGAGGAGUGGCCCUUCCCCUUCCACGAGGAUCGCCUCUUUGUGCUCGUCGUGCGCGCCGGCUGGGAGGGCUUCCACGUCUCCGUGGACGGCAACCACGUGGCCUCCUUCCAGUACCGCUCGGGCAACCCUCUUGAGGAGGCGACAGCAGUGUCCAUCAGCGGCACCAUCCUCCUCAAGUCCUUUGUCGCCACCUCACUGCCGCUCUCCCCGCCCCUGCGCACCGCCGACCUGGAGGCGAGCGAGUCGCUCAAGGCGCCGCCUCUGCGGAGGGACGCGAACGUGAGCAUGUUCAUCGGGAUCCUCUCCGCCACCAACCACUUUGCUGAGCGGACGGCAGUGAGGAAGACUUGGCUGCAACACCCACAGAUCCGCAGUGGGGAGGUGGCGGCUCGCUUCUUCCUGGCUCUGCAUCCGAGCAUCCAAGUGAACGUGGAGGUGGAGAAGGAGGCGAGCCUGUACGGCGACAUGGUGGUGCUGCCCUUCAUCGACCGCUACGACCUCGUGGUGCUCAAAACCAUCGCCAUCUGCGAGUUCGGGCUGCGGAACGUGAGCACGGACUACAUCAUGAAGGUGGAUGACGACAACUUUGUGCGGCUGGACGCGGUGUUCGACGAGAUCCGAUUCGCCAACCACCAGAGGGGGCUGUACAUGGGCAACAUCAACGAGUUCCAUAAGCCCCUCAGGGAGGGCAAAUGGGCGGUGUCGGAAGAGGAGUGGCCCGAGACCAACUACCCCCCGUACGCCAAUGGCCCCGGGUACAUCAUCACAAGAGACAUUGCGGACUUCAUCGUGCGCAUGAAGGAAUACAAGAUGCUGCGGAUUUUCAAGAUGGAGGAUGUGAGCAUGGGCAUGUGGGUGGUGCAGUACGGCAUCAACAACACCAUCCACUACAUCCACAACUGGCGCUUCUGCCAGUCGGGCUGCAUGGAGGACUACCUCACCGCACACUACCAGUCGCCGCGCCAGAUGCUCUGCAUGUGGACCAAGCUGUCCCGGGGGGAGGCUAGGUGUUGCACUUAGGCAGAUGUAUCUCACACACAAGAUGCUGCCAGUCGGGCUGCAUGGAGGGCUACCUCGCUGCCCAUUACCAGUCGCCACGCCAGAUGCUCUGCAUGUGGACAAAUCUGUCCAGAGGGGAGGCCCGGUGCUGCACAGCUUACCUUUUACAUGCCUGACAAGGGAAAGAAGGUAGACACCUUACCAGUUGAGCUGCCGACAGCGCAUUACUGGGCGCGACGCCAGGUCCUCUGCAUGUGGACUAAGGUGUCAUAGAGGGAAGGCCAGAUGCCACACUUUGCUUAGAGCGCAGCUUAGUGAUAUACGAGCCGCCGUGUUGAGUAGAUUAGCUAGCCUCUCAUCUAACGGAUCACACAUGUGUAGCAGCCAUCCAAAUCUGGUUCUGAGAUCCUGCGUAGCACACGCUACUGAUUCCGAAAUGAGGGACUUGGGUGGUGGUGGUUUGUCAGCUACAAGCCCAGGGCAAGGCUGCUUUAGGACCCC